AUGGACAAAAAGCACACAGGCCAUCGCGGCAAUUCGGCUAGGUCAAUUCUGAUCGGCUUAGCAAUUAGCCUUGCAGGGUUCAUCUACGGUAUCGACACAGGUAUCAUCGCUUCUACUAUUGCACAAUCUACUUUCAAAACAUACAUGUAUGGCGGACUCACUGCCAAUGCCUCGAUAACGGGUGGCAUCGUUUCCGGUUACUACGCCGGCUCAGCCUUUGGCAGCGGCGGUGCCGCUUACUGCAUGGACAAGUUGUCCCGCCGCUGGACACUGCUCUUCGGCUGCUGUGUAAGCAUUGUUGGCGCCAUUCUACAGACUGCAGCUCAGGGUCCGGCUAUGAUGAUUGUCGGUCGAGCCUUCUCCGGCUUUUCGACUGGCAUGGUCUACCCAACUGCCCCUGUCUACCUCGCCGAACUCUCCCCUCCAGAGAACCGCGGCUUUCUGGUCGGCCUGAAGGGGCUUAUGAAUACACUUGGCUUCUUUGCUUCCGGAUGGAUCGGCUACGCAGGGUCUUUUGCCGCCGGGCAAGCCCAGUGGCGUAUACCUUUGGCCACUCAGAUACCGCCUGCACUAUUGUUGGCAAUUCUUACUAUAUUCUUGCCCUACUCGCCUCGUUGGCUCGCUAAGCGAGAACGAUAUGACGAAGCCAAGCAGAUCAUGUACAACCUCCAUGGUCACCGUGGGAGAGAGUUCAUCGAGACUGAAUUCGCCGAAAUGUGCAAUCAGAUUCAACUCGAGGGCAACACUAGCAAGAGGGCCAACUUCGGCAAACUCUUCACCCGCAAGUACAUGCGUCGUACUCUCUUGGCCUGUAUGACGGUCAACAUGAUGAAGCUCUCCGGAUCCAAUAUCAUUCAGAAUUAUCAGUCAGUAAUGUACAAUUCUUUGGGCUACAAGGGCCAGACGGUACUUUUGAUCGGUGCCCUGAACGGGUUCAUGGCGGUCAUUGGACAGAUCAUCAACGUCUUCUUUGUUGCCGACCACUGGACUCGACGAGUCACUGUCAUCACAGGCAGCUUCUGCCUUGCUGUGAUUCUAGCAAUUUUGACCGGACUGUCGAAGAACUUCACCGAUUCGUCCCAUCCGGCGGGCUCCCGUGCCGGGGUGGCCUUUGUCUUCCUAUUUGCAUUUACAUAUUCGUUCUUCUUUAACAGUGUCAACUGGGUUCUUGUUGCAGAGAUCUUUCCUCUUGAUCUGCGAGGUGUCGGUGUGGGCUUUGCUGUGUUCACACAGGCAUGCACCGCAAUCUGGCUAUCAUACACUGCCUCUAUCGCUUUCGAGGAGAUCUCUUGGAGGUUUUAUUUUGUCUUCAUUGCUUGCAACCUAUUUGCGGGGACCAUCUACUUUUUCUUCCUCCCAGAAACACGUUUUCUGGCUCUCGAAGAGGUUGCUGCCAAGUUUGGUGACGAGGUUGUUGCUCAUCCGACACCCAAGGAACUCGACCUGGUCACAGCUGAAGAGACAGCUCCUGCAGCCAAUAAGAGCGAGUUGUCAUCGGACCAUGUUGAGAUGUCACGGAACUGA